CGCAUAGGAAGUUUUGGUAAUGUUCCAUGCACCGCAAAGACAUCGAUCGACUGCUGUUGGAGGUACCACUGUGUCGGGCGUGACGAUACACCAGGUGGCUUCAGCGGUGAGAAGGACUAAAAAGCAACGUCUAGCAAAAAGAAGCAAGCAGGCGCAAACUGUCUGGGUAAAUCAUGGACAGACAAACGAACAUAUGAAUGUAUGGUUUAGGGAGAGCAAGCUGCGCAGCUGCGCAAGGUUCGUAUGUGCUUCCCCAAAGGGAUGACCAUGGACGUGGAGGCGCGUAGAGUGUAUAGCGUAGGGUCCAGAAGCGCCCGCUUACGGCCUUGAAAGAAAAAAAAAACCGCCCUGGGCACUGGGGGCCGGCCUUCGGCCUGUAGCAAAUCGCCAUGGCCCUACUACAGGUAGGCGUACAAACAAGCCUAGCGACAAGACAGGAUCCCCCGUGGGCACGACGUGGCACAAGCAUUUGGCAAAGGGAGCUAGAGCAUGUCAAAGCAAGAGAAUGACCCGUCAGCCCGGUUCGUAUUGCUGGUGCGCUGACGAAUAGCAAAGGAGAUAGAUUGGUGUGGCUUGAUCCAGUGGGAGUGUGCUUCUCCGCGCCCGCAUCAUGGAGGAUAGUCGGGAACAAGCGGGAAUAGCAUUGAAA